ACAACUGCAUGGCGUCAUCGGUCAUGUGACGCAGAUACUUUUGUAGCAUUAAAGCGUUGUACGUCGGUGUGAAAAUACCAGUUUUGAGUUGUCAGGGUUGUUUUCGUUUGCUUUUUGCUGCUUCUGGCCACAGUUUGGUUUCCCACUGAAGAAGCUCGUCUCGAAUGUUCUCGAUGCCUGUGUUAGUAAAUGUGCUACCCUCAUUAGCUUUGGCUAAUAUCCCGGUGAAGUAAACUAGCUUUCGGAAAACUAUUGGUUCGUUUCCCGUUUUAUAAUAAAUAAAUGUAUAUAUCGAAAUGUUGGUCGGUAUCAGGGUGUCACGUCUUAUUUUAGUGAGACACAGUUAAUUCUUUAAAUCCUUCGUGGGUCCACUGUCGGCACUCCAGGCUGAGUUUUAAUCACGUCAGCUGCUGACAAAAUGAUGGAUUUCGACAACAUAUUGAACAUCGCCUCUGAAAACCAGGGCGGCAACGUUGUUCAGAAGAGAUACAGUUUGGAAGCUGGGCCACCCAAAAAGGACCCAAAGUCCAAAGGUGUCAAUCCUGCUGCUGUGCAAGCACUUCUAAAGAAGCGUUCACUUGACGCUAAAAUGAAAGAAAUGGAACAGAAGAAACAGAAGCAGGAACUUCUGGCCAAGAGAGUUGAAUUGAAGUCAGACCGUAAGGCACGAGCCAUGGCUUCUCGUACAAAGGACAAUUUCCACGGCUACAAUGGUAUCCCAGUAAUUCAGAGUCCUAAGAAGAGGAGAUCAAAGUCUGAAAUGCAAGAAGAAAAGAUGAGAAAUGCAGGACAGUACCAGGAUAUAGACAUGCUUGGUAAAGACACAUAUGACCCAGAGGACGAGGAUGAUAAUUUUGAGUAUGACCAAACUGAUUCAGAACCGGAGCCAGAGCCACUAAGAGCAGGAAAAAUCAUAGAUGUUGGUGAGAGUAGCAGUAAACCCUUCCCUAAAAAACAAAAUGAAGCACCCAGGCGCCCACCACCUCCAAUGAAAUUUGCAGACUUACUUAAAUUAGCAGAAGAGAAGCAGUUUAUACCAGUUGAGCUAAAACCCAAGAUUGUAAAAACGGAUGAAAGGCCCCGAACUGCUGAGGAGAUAAGGGAGCUGGAGAUGGAACGCAAGGCAAAAAGGUGGGACAAAGACAGGGACCCUCGUGCAGAGAGAGAAAGGGACAGUAGGUAUCAUUCUGUCUCUAAGACAAUGAAAAAGGGAACAUCAGAGAAGGAGCAGAAGCAUCUGAAACAACAACAGAGUUCUGCAGAAAAGUCCAGUCCCCUUACUUUUUCAGAAAAGAAGUCACACUUGACACCAAAGAGUGAUAAAGGGCAGUCUUCUACUCGGGCUUCUAAACCAAAGACACCGCAUGGUGAUAGAGACAGAUCCAAGAUACAUAUGUCAAACUCUUCCGGUGCUACAAAUGAUAAAAUCUCUUCAAAAGCAGCAUUCCUUCCAGGGUCAUCCAAACAAGAGGGCUCCAAGCCCUCAUUUAGCCACAGAUCCACCCCGUCAAGUGACCUUGGCCUAAAAAAACAGAGUGUACCUCAAGGAAGAUCUGCAGCUCUUCCUGGGAUGAGGCUUCCUGGAACAUCUGUGUCAGCCCAGAAAUCUCACCAGGGAUUUCAGUCCAAGUCUGUUCAAGGUAGUUUAUUGAAGCAAGGACCUUCAGAUGGAGGCAAUAGGCCAAGAAAGGAUGAACCCCUUAGACCAGGAAUUAAUUCCAAUAUAAAAUCAAGUUGCAGUGCAUCAAGACCUUCGCUUGACACUUCAGUCAAGCCAGGUUGUAAUCCUCAGGCAAGACCGACAGGCAUGGUUCAGUCAAAACCUAAUGGAUCUUCACAGGCAAGAACUGUUGGGACUACUCAGCAGCGUCACUCUGGAAAUGUUGGGGCACAACUUACUGGGAAUGAAUCUCGACAAACUGGUCGUGACUGGGUACGAACUGAUGAUGGAGUACGAUUACCUGGACGUCCUGGUAGUGAUGGGGUACAAUUUCCCAGACGGCCUGGCGGUGGCGGGGGAGCAUCUCCCAGACACCCUGGUGGUGGCGGGGGACCAGCUGCUGGACGGCCUGGCGGUGGCAGGGGCCAAGCUCCCGUACAGCCUGGUGGUGGUGGGAGACCAGCUGCCGGACGAAUGUCUGGUGGUGGCGGAGGAGCAGCUGCUGGACAAAUGUCUGGAAGUAUUGGAUCAGGACCCGGGAGAUCCAAGUGCACUGUGGUUUCGGAGACCAUUUCAUCCAAGAAUGUUUAUGGAGCCAGACAAGGGCCAAUACCACGUGAGGGCAUGCAGCAGAGACCUGGUGUACCACCAAGACCAGGAAUGCAAAACAGACCAAUGAAUAGACCACCAGGUCCAGUGUUGCCACCGAUUACCUCUGCGUACAAGAGGAAGUAUGAGGAUGAAGAAGAUGAAUACGACUCUGAGCUAGAUGAUUUUAUCGACGACGAAGGUGAACCGCAACAUGAGAUUUCCAAACACAUUAAGGAAAUCUUCGGUUAUGAUCGAACGAGAUACAAAGAUGAAAGUGACUAUGCACUUAAGUUCAUGGAGAGCAGCUGGAAAGACGUGCAGAAAGAAGAAGCCCGGAGCUUGAGAUUAGCUGUGCAAGAAGAUCUGGAGGAGGAGAGAAAAGAGGAAGAGGAGAUGAAAAGACGAGCAAAGAAGACAAAAAGGAACUGAAACCCGCCUUUGUCUCAAUGACUGAAUCUGUUUUAAACCUUUCUUCUUUUGUACGAGGAAAAAAAUGGGAGACAAAAUCAUUGCCACCUUCAACGAAUGGGAAAAGUCCUGCAGAAACGACUUAUUCCUCGACAUCUGCGCCCCAUGUUUGUGUGGGUGUGAAUUGGGCAGAGUACUCUGAGGUUUGACACAAACGUUUGGGUUGUAGCUUUUAUUUGCUUGUGUAUUUUUAACGUCAUCAACUGAGAAGUGUAUGACAAUCUUAAGCUCAUAAAACAGAACCUGUCUUGUACAGCUUGAGUUUAAUUUUUUUUUAAAAAUUAAAGGAAGUCAACAUUUCUUGAUAUUGUGUUGCGAAUAUACUAUUUUGUGUUUAAAAUUAGUUCAAAUAUAACAGCUUAACAAGUAACUGUUCCAGAUGGCAUUGUUUUCCUGGGUGCAAUUUUUAUCCCUCUAGCUGGCUUUCUAAAGUGGGAGAGGACGUUUGUCAUGCAAAAUUUUUGCUGGUCUGAUCCAAGUGGUCAUUUGAGGCCCUCCCAAAAAUACAAAAAGUUGCAGUUCCCUGACUGUCCGUUUGAAGCUACCUCCAAAACAGUUGACUUUUUUUUUUUUUUUUUAAACUAAUGGAUAAAAGUGCACUCUGGUGAUAAAUGCCGGGCUUGUUGGCAUUAGCAGUGGCCAAACCUAAAAUGUCAAUAAGUGGCUUUUUAUAAACUGAGGCUUCUCUUUAAAAAAAAAAAAAAAAAGUUGGUUGAAUCUUUUUUCCAUUUGGUAAUCUUGCUACAUAUUACAAUU